AGUACUUUUAAUAGUAAAUAUUGUAUUAUUAUUUAGUGUUCCUAAACUGUAAACAUUUUUUAAUAACUUAGUGGUUCAUUAUUGUAUUUGUAGGAAAAAACAAUUAUAUUUUUAGCAUUCUAAGAAAAUUAUUAAUACUAGCUGCUUUGAUUUGUUUGUGGUGAAAUACCGUGAGAGGAAAAUGAAUAUUGAAAGAAAUAGGAUAAAUACAUUUGCAAACUGGCCAUCAUCUGCUCCUGUAGACUCGGACAGGUUAGCAAGAGCAGGUUUCUUCUACACAGGAAAUGGCACUGAGGCUGAAUGUUUUUGCUGUGGUGGUAAAAUAUCUGACUGGAAUUUUGGAGACCAGGUUAUGUGGCGACAUCGUGUUUUAGAACCCAAUUGCUUAAUGGUUUUGUCUCCCGAACUUUCGGGUAAUAUUCCUGCAACCUCUCACUCUACACCUCCAAUUCCUGGAGAAAGAUCAUAUUCUGAAGAUGAGGGUUAUGGAAUUAUUGCAGAGGAUCAGUUGUACAGAAGUAAUUCUUUAAGGUUGCUGUCUUUUAUCAACUGGAAUGAUCCGAUAUCACGUGAAUCCUUGGUAUAUGCUGGAUUCUAUCAUGCAGGAGAAGGAAGGUUGAGGUGUGCCUGGUGUGGUGGAGAAUUUCAAUCAUUUAGAAACGUACGGAACAUGGGUACACCUCUUGAAAUACACAGAGCGUAUUUUCCGAGAUGCCGCUUUGCUAUGGAGGUGGAGAGGCGAGAUCGUAGCCACAGAUCACCAUUUCAUGCUGUUACCACCUCGCAGGCUACUUCAAAUGAUAACAGCUCGCAAGUAAGUGCAGCUGAUCAUAAUGAACAAGUAGUAGCUGCUGGUGCAAUGCAAAACCUUGGGAUGAUUUAUGGUUGCGCAAAGCAUCCUUCAAAAGCCAAGCUUUCAGCAAGACUGUCCACAUUCAAUCAAUGGCCUUUUGAACCAUCUCAGGCUCCAGAAUCCCUAGCUGAAGCUGGCUUCUUCUAUACAGGCGUUGAAGAUCAGGUGCGAUGUUUCUACUGCGAUGGCGGGCUUGGCAAGUGGGAGUCCGGUGAUAUACCAUGGAUAGAGCACGCGCGCAAGUUCCCCCAAUGUGGGUUCGUGCUGACGACGAAGGGGACCGAAUUCGUCGAGACUGCCCUGGAGACCAUUCCCGAUAGUACCCCAGCUAAUCGAAAUAAUUCGAGAGGGUGUAGAUCGAAUACAUCUCGUAGAGGACAACAAUUUCUUGUGGAUGAAAACGUGAAUUCGAGAGGGUCUAGAUCGAAUACAUCUCGUGGAGGACAUCAAUAUCAUGUGGAUGAAAACGUGGUGGAUACAUGUAUGGAGGGUGCCCAUGCAUUAGCUGCUCUCAGAGCGGGACUUGACGCAGCUCGAGUCAGACGGGCAAUUGUCAAAAGACUUCAAAGUACUGGAGUACCAUUUUUAAGUUCAGAAUCUCUAAUUGAUACUGUCUUAAAUGACCAAUUGAAUGAAGAAGACUGGAGCAUCCCAGCACACGAGAAUAUGUACUUGGAUAGAUUGUUUGAGGCAUGCUCAAGCAAUCCUUCCCCUUUGUCAUUGUCCAGCGAACCUCGCCCGGGUCAAAGCAUUCAAGUUUAUAACGCUGCAGCAAAUGAUAAAAAGGUGGUCCAGAAACCGAAGAAUUCCAACAAAGAGAUCGAGAAGAGAGAAGUGGUUAUAGCAGAUAAGCAAGGAGUGAGCUUAGAGGAAGAGAACAGACAGUUGAAGGAGGCUCGGCUUUGUAAAGUUUGCAUGGACAACGAGGUGAGCAUGGUCUUCCUGCCUUGUGGACACUUGGUUUCCUGUGCGGUGUGCAGCGUCGCUCUCGUGGCGUGCCCGCUGUGUCGUGCCGCGGUCAAGGCACGCGUGCGGGCAUACUUCGCGUAAGACGUACGGACACAAGACUGGAACAAAAUCUUCAUUCUCAGAGCGUAUUGAACACAGUAAAAUUCAGACAGUAUGUAGACCAUAAUGUUUUCAAAUUGUAAAAAAUAAGAAACGUAAUACCAAGUUGAUAUUUGUAGUGUGUCAAUGUCCAUCUAUUGCAUCGUAUUUGUACUUGCUGCUAGGAUUACACAUGAUUUUAACCGCUACGAAUGACAUUACUAUCACCGCUAUCAUAUUUAUGUUCUCCUCCUUACGUUAGAACUUAAUCAAUAUUAAGGUAAGAAACUCUUCUUCAACUAUGAUCGCCUGGUACCAAAAUCAUUUUCUCCCACGAAAUCUUACAAAUGAAUGUGUCAGUCUCUUUUUAAUGUCUCGCUUUUUUUCAUCGACUUUCAAAUCAAAUCGAUGUUAAAGAAGUUUUCACUUCAAUAUAUAAAAAUGAAACAGCCGAAUAGUAGUAACUUAUAUUUAAAUUACUUUAAGCAAAAUAACGGAGGUGUAUCUAAUAAUGUAUUAGUACUUAAAUUUAUACCUACUAUACCUAUACAGUUCCUUGAAUGUUACCACUGAAAUAAAUCGAGAUAAAAAGGCCAAGUGGGCGUGGCAAACGCUAUCAAUAUAAUAUUCAUACCGUACGUUACGUACACUAGUUAUGCAAGUAGAAUCAUACGUUAUGUACAAAAAUAUAAGUAAAAUUAGGUAAAAUACCAUCUUACUCAGUUGCAUCCUUUAAAAUCAUAAACCAAGUAUGGAAGGAAAUAUUAAAGAAAAAUGGAUAGAUGCCACAGACAGAACAGAAAGUACUUUUAUUAUUAUUUUAUUUAAAAUCGUUCUUUUUUUCGUCGAUCCAUCGCAUGGGAGACCUUCCUCGC